AUGGCCGAUGAUGGGGGCAUUCGUGAGCAGCAGGACGAAGUGCUUAUGGAGCAGGACGAUGCGGCAGAAAACAAUGAGCAACCACAACAACAACAACAAGCUCAAGAAGCUCCUCAAGUUCAACAACUUCAACAAGGAGAACCACGAAUGAACAACGACCACCAAAAAAUCCCACUCAUGCAUAGGAAAAUUCAACGCAUACUAGGACGCACGGACGACCUCAGCUCGAUGUGA